CAACAAUGACGGUUCUCAGAGACAUGUCACCUCACCUGAUGUACAUGUACGCUUGAGCUGCUUUCUUGUUUUUAACGCAGAGGUCUGUAGUCUACCACAAUGGGGGCCGGAGCCAGCAAGAAGACCAAAAGGGGAGCCAAGGACGACUCACCCGCAACAUUUACAGUACCGAGUGCACCACCUCCCCCGCCAGCGUUCAAUCCAGAAUGUCCACCACAAGGAUUACCACCUCAACAGCCACCCCCACAUGCACCUCUGUACCCGUCUGUCCCGACUGGGAACCCAGUGCUACAGCCAAAUCUGCCACCCGGCCCGCACGGUCAUGUAUACGCAGUGCCUCCACACGUUCCUGUGAUGCCACAUCCAGGUCCUCCUGCAGCACCAAGUCCUGAUGGUGGAAACGAAUAUUUUAUGGAAACACCAUCAAUCGAGGUGCUUCGCACUGGGGAGCCUCAAGUCAAUACUGACACACUGAGGAAGUACUUUUCCCAUAAGAAGUCCCACGGAGGCAAAAUCUCGUCCAUAACCGAGGAUGACGACUGCUUUGUAAUAAAAUUUGAGGACAUGGACGUUGCCCAGGAUGUGUUGUCUCACACUCAUGUGCUGGAAGGAACACAGCUGCAUGUUUGCUAUCGCAAAAGCCCAACAAUUGAGGUUAUCACAGAUGGAACUAUUGACCAGGAUCGUCUCAAAAUGUAUUUCAAAAACACACAUGUUUCCGGUGGAGGGCCCAUUGACGGCGAAAUCAAGACAAACGACCAUGGAGUGUGCUACAUCACAUUUCAAAACAAACGAGCGGCCAUCGAUGUAGUCCAGAAAUCCCAUUCAAUUGAUGGACAGCAGGUGGUUGUCUCGGAGAAGCUAAGCCUCAUUGACCGCAGAAGUCUUCUGAUAAAGGACAUCCCCCCUGACUGUAGCAGUGGCCAUCUCAGAGACUACUUGGAAGGCCUUGACAGCGCACAAGGCAGGCUGCAUAUAGCCGGGCUAUAUCGGGGCAACGACGACUCCGUUGCUGUACUGUCUCUACGCCAUGACAUAGAUGGGAAAACGAGGAAUCUAAUAGCGAAAGAAGCUAAACGGGAGCCCCUCAAAAGACAGCACGUCUCAGUCAGCCCCAUGGUGGUGACCAGGAGUGUGCAGCUGUCUGGUAUCAACCAGAAAUUCACGCGAGAUCUUCUCCUCAACUACUUUGAGAACACCGAGAGAAGCGGCGGAGGCAAGGUGCUGGACAUCGCCAUGGACAAGGAAAGAGGAAUGGCUACCAUCUGGUUCAAAGAUCCGACAGUCGUUCAGACCGUCGUGAGGAAACCACAACACCAGUUCGACUGCGGACGUGUCUUCUUAUGUGCGCACUAUGACGUCCUCGGCACCAUAACCGACACUGAAUUCUUCUCAUCUUCCGAGAUGCCAUUCGACCCUAACGUCCCUCGGGUCCUCAAACGCAAUAAACAAACCAUUGCAAACAUCGAGCCGUCAAAGCUAUGCCUACUAAAGAAACAGCUCCCGAGCCUUGCGACAGCUUUCCCAAACGUUGAUUUUGACAUCAAACACGACCACAUCACCAUCGCUGGAGUGGACCAGGAACCGACGAAGGCGCGCGACAAUAUCAAUGAGAAGCUGCAAGAGUUCAAGGAAUGCCGUUGGUCAAUAUCCGAUGACCUCCAGUUCAUCCUUUCCAGAGAUCACACGAAGAAUGCUAUUGACAGUAGUUUGGCUGAAGCAAACGUGCAGAUCGGAGUCCACUUUAGUGUAGAAAAUAACGAAGUAGUCAUUUGGGGUGUUGACGACAGAGCUGUUACCACCGCGGAAAGCUGUGUUAGAUCUACAUUCAAAGAAAGCAGUAUGAAGAUUCCCAAAGAAAUCCUGGAGCUCCGCAAUUGGGAUGAUCUGAUGACCCAAUGUAAGGAAGAUGCCAACAGGAAUGCUACAGUAUCAUACGACAAAACAUCGGGUGUGGUUAACAUUGUAGGCCUCAUUCCCGAAGUCGAUGAAAUCAACAGGAAGUUGGUCAACUUCUUGAAACAGAAUGAUUUUAAAACGUCCGUUGUUCGUGCAGAAAGACCAGUCGUAAACGUUCUGGUUAAACGACAGAAGGACCGCCUGAAAAAGAUUGCGAUCGACAACGAAGUUUCAGUUGAUGAUACGGCAACAGGGUUCAAGAUACUAGGUCCUCAAGAUAGAAUGAAGAAGGUGUCGGAUGAAAUUGAGGACCUUACAUCAAAGGUGAUGAAGACUACAGUGCAGUACAAGAAACCAGGGCUUGGGAAGCUGUUCACUGAUGACACAUUCAAGAUGCAAUUGAAAAAGAUAGAAGAUGACCAAGGAUGCGCGAUACAGUUCGACUGCAAGACAAAGCCACCGUUGUUAAGAGACAAAACUAAACUAAAAGACUUUCGGCCCUCCAGACCAUCUGUUGGCGGUUCCAGCAAUGGACCUAUCUCUGUAGACAUUGGGCAAGGCAAUAUCGAGUCGGAGUCUGCGGAUGUGAUCGUUAACCCCGUCACCAACAACUCAGCCUUCACAGUUGUUGGGGGUGCUCUUGUAAAAGUUGGAGGCCAACGUGUCAAGGACGAGUUUGAAAGGAAUUGGAGUAAAAGACUCAACGGUGUCCUUUUAGCAGAUGCAGGUACACUUCGAUGUAAAACUGUUGCCCAUAUGGAGCUUCCUUCAAAGGACAAACUAAAGGAUGCAGUCUGCCAGUGUCUUGUCCUCAGUGCUCAGGCCGGAAUGAAGUCAAUUGCAUUCCCUGCGAUUGGGACAGGCAGAUACGGGAUAACAUCAAUUGAGUCAGCGAAGGCAAUCCGAGACGGCAUUGAGAAGUUUCUCCACCAGAACCCAGCUCCCCUCCUCACCGACAUCAGACUCACUGUCUUCGUCCAGCAGAUGGUUGCAGACUACAAGGCUGAAUUCCGUACACCUCUUGGCGGUUCCCCCAACACAGGUAUAACAAGACCAUCACCAGGUCAACAAGAGAUGAAGUUUGGUGCCAUACAAAUGCAAGUCCAACAAGGCGACAUCAGUAAAGAGAGAACAGAGGUUGUUGUCAGCACUAUCCUUAAGGACAUGGAGUUCACGGUUGUAACAAAAGCCCUUGUAACAGCUGGUGGACAGUCCAUAGCUGAUCAGCUGAAGACAGCAUGGCCAAGCCGAACCGAUAGAUUUGUAUUCACGGACGCCGGAACACUUCCGAUCAAGAAAGUUGCCCAUAUGGUCUUACCCAGUGCCUCUGAACUCAAAGACGCGGUAGCAUCCUGUUUGAGGGCCGCUGACAAGCUUGGAAUGAAGUCAAUAUCAUUCCCAGCAAUAGGAACAGGUGGCACGAUGUCGGUGGCGGAGAGUGCAAAAGGGAUAUACAGCGGGGUCCAGGAGUUCGGCUCACAGUGCAAUCCAAAGAGCUUGAAACUUGUGCGGGUCACCAUCUUCGACGGUAAAAUGCUGGGAACGUUCCACUCAACCAUGCAACAGUUCACCACAGCCAGCUACAAUCCUCCAACCUUAGGGGCACCUACGGGUAGGAUUGGGAAUGUUGCUGUUGAAAUACAACAGGGAGACCUAGCCAAGGAGACAACAGACGCAAUUGUCAACCCUGUUAAUACCGAUGGAGGGUUCUUCGUUGUCGGCAACGCCCUUGAACAAGUGGGUGGACCAACGAUAAGGACUGACUGCCAAACGUCCUGGAAGCAGCGAACUAAUGAAGUGCUGGUGACAGAUGGGGGUAACCUUCCAUGCAAGAAGGUCAUACACGCGGUGUGUCCAAACGCAAGAGCCAUGAAAGGGAGGGUGCUUGAGUGUCUGCUGCAGGCAGAAGUGAAAGGACUUGCCUCAGUAUCCUUCCCCGCCAUUGGCACAGGUGGAUUUGGUGUAAGCGUUGCAGAUGCUGCGAGGGAAACAAUCCUGGGGAUAAAAGAGUUUGCUAUCACAUGUAGCCCCAAAAUCGUGAAACUUGUGCGAGUGACAGUCUUCCAAGCACAGAUGGUUGCAGAAUUUCAGAAUGCAUUGCAAGCUGCAGUUCCAAAACCAUCAGUUGCUCCAGCAGCCCCAACACCACAACCUGCCAAAAUGACACCCCAGACAGACGUGGAACAAGUCGUUGAUGUGACGUUCUAUGCCUGCGACAAACGGGACACAGACACCGCCAUCCAGAAAGUGUCCGGAACCAUCGACAAACACAUGACCAGGGAGCGUGUGGAUGACGACCGCCUCAAACCGACCAUACGACACUUGCAACAAAAUGAAAAGGAAAGCAUCAUUCAAAUGGGGGCAGACUAUUAUCUUGUUCUUGUGACAAUUACAGGCCAUGAUAUUGUAAUGGUAGGGCUGAAAGAUGAUGUGGCAGAGGCGCGGAGGAAAAUUGAGAGCUUUUUGUGGGAGAAGAAAACCGCUUAUGACACAGAGCAACUGAAGAAAGACAUUAUCAAGGUCCCUGACUACUGGGCCACGCCUCCCCGGCACGUUAAAGGAGCGUACAUGCACCUACUCAACGAUACGUCACAAGAGUACAAAGAUGUCCAAAGUCACUUCCUCGUCAGUGUCGGUUACCAGCCUCAGAUUGUAUCCAUAUCUAGGGUACAAAAUGAGUCAAAAUAUAAAGCGUACAUAACGGAAUUAAAGGAGAGACGAAAAACGUGCGCGCGGAGAAAUAUCGAAGAGCUCCUGUACCACGGCACAGCAGCCGAAGCGGUUGACAACAUCAAUCAAGGAGGAUUCAACAGGAGCUAUUGCGGGAAAAAUGCAACAGCCUAUGGAGAUGGGGUUUACUUCGCCAAACAUGCAAGCUACUCAGCACAAGACACGUAUUCACCACCAGACGCGCAAGGCGACAAGCACAUCUACCAGGCGAGGGUGAUUGUCGGAGAAUACACCGCAGGGAAGUCCGGUCUUUUGGAGCCGCCGCCCAAGAACCCGUCAAAUGCAGCAGUUCGGUAUGACUCGGUCGUGGACAAUGUGAAAAAUCCAAGUAUUUUUGUCGUGUUCCACGACACUGACGCGUAUCCAGAAUACCAUAUUGUCUUCAAAUAGGUUGUCAUUAUGAAUGAAUAAUUGUUAGGACUUGACUUGAAUGAUUAUUCUACCCUGGGUACAAUUCUUACGCUUGGAAAGUUGCGGGAUCUUCUUUUUGGAAUUGCAGAUACGUGUAUUAGCGUGCUUGAGAAGUGGACUCUAAAAGCACAGUUGAAAGCAUUGAAUUUCACACAUCUUUCAGCACCAAGGACAGACAUGUAAAUGAACACCGCACUGUUGUAUGUGGCACUCACAUUUGCUUUUCCAUGGAUACAAACCAGUGUAAUCUAUAGUGAAUAUAUUAGAAAUACUGUUAUAUAAUGUAACAUAAGUCAACACCACAGGGUGUCUCCUACAGUACCAGUUACCAUGGUGACAGACGCCUUGUUUGACUUUAUUUGUUAGGCCACACCAAUUUAAUUUGUUGGUUCUCGGAUUUUUUCAUGAAAAAUGUAAAGCGACAGGGCGAAAAAAAACAUGCCCAAAUGGUAAAGCUAAGGCUGGAAAAAGGGAUUGAAAACAAAGCUAUGACUAUACAUGCUAAAACAUUGCUGUUUUAUAGCCUAUGUAUCAAGGAUCAAUUGUCAUUGAUGUUAUUGAUUUCUAAUUAACAAGAAUUAAUUUUUUUUUCAUUUUGAGAUUUUUUGAAGCGGCGAUUCCGAGAACCAACAAGUUAAAUUGGUGUGGCCUUAGGAACAGAAGAAAAAGAGAAAAGGCUGCUCACAAUAGCAUCCCGAUUAGUGGUGAGUUUAACAUGUGCCAAAAGCAUUGCAUGUAGAUCUAAGCCAUUGACACUUUUGAUUGUAUUCAGAAUCUGGAAGUAUGAAUUUAUUGUUCUUUUUAUGCCCGAACUACACAACACAGAACAAUGCAUGAUGACAAAUAUAUAUAAUCCCUUUCAAAAGUCCAAACAUUUUUAUCCUAUAUGUUGUACAUAUGCAUACCAACAUGUACUUUUAGAACCAUGUACAUGUACCUACACUUGAUACAAGCAAACGCUUAGACAAGUGAACACAAUUUCGAGUAAUGAUAUCAUGAAGCAUCAAUGUGCAUUUAUUUCUUCUAUUCUCAACAUAUCUUUCUUAUUUACUUUGAAUAAAUUGAUCAAGCAGAUACAUGCUGUACAUUUGCGGGUCUUUUAUUCCGCAAGU